AUGGUCACGUCAAACCAACCCCCCACCUCCAACAACAACACCAACCAACCCUCAAGCUCUUCUAACCUUCCAUCCCAACCCCAACCAAACCCAAAGGGCAGUCUCAACGCCAUCACUCUACGGUCGGGAACUACGUUGGAGGAGAUACCUCCUAGGGUCUUGAAAGACAUUCAUGAGGAAGAAGUGGUUGUUAAAGCUCCACAUGAAGAGGGGGAGGUAGACAAAAGGCAUGGGGAAGAAGAAGUAAACAUCAAGGAACCCAAGAGGAAAGCUAUAGUGGAUGAGUCCAUUCCUAUUCCAUUCUCUUCCAUGGUGAAGAAAGCAAAGAAAACACCGGAAUUUGAUUUGAACAUGCUUCAAGUGUUCAAGAAGGUUGAGGUAACCAUACCACUUCUUGAUGCUAUUCAACAAAUUCCAAAGUAUGCAAAAAUUUUGAAAGACUUGUGUACACACAAGGAUAGGAUAGGAGAAUUGGAGACAUUAUCCUUAGGUAGUUCAAUUUCUUCCUUGAUAGAACCUAUUCCAAAGAAAUGUGGUGACCCUGGGCCUUGUUUGGUGUCUUGUUGUAUUGGUGGACGCACUUUUCAUGAUUGUAUGUGUGACCUUGGAGCUUGUGUAAGCAUCAUGCCGCUUUCCAUCUUUGUGCGGUUGAAUUUAGCUCCAUUAAAGAAGUCGAUGGUGAGGUUUGCCUUAGCCGAUAAAAGUGUGAUCAAGGUAAUAGGAAUAGCCGAAGAUGUGCUUGUGGCGAUCGAGGAUUUGGUUUUUUCGGUUGAAUUUUACAUCCUUGAAAUGCCCCCAACAGAAAAUAGAAGCUCAUCCUCUGUUCUACUUGGUAGACCCUUCCUUAAGACCUCUAAAUUCAAGUUAGAUGCCUUCAUCGGCACAUAUUCUUUUGAGGUUUGA